CCCUCAGUCGAGUCGGACGCGUGGAGCAAGACGGAGCAGUAGCGAGACGCGCGAGACUGACAGAGAGAGACAGAGGAGGCUCACGCCUGUAUAUACGACUUGUGCGUGCUGUCAAAAUACAGUGCAGUGAGGCUGCUUGGAGUUUCUGGUAUGCGCGACUCUCUACUGUCUCUCGCGGGUGUCGAGUGCGAAUGAUCUGACUCACGAACGAGCUUCCAGUGGAUGAUAACGCGAAAUCACGCGCGGUGAUUCAUCCGCGCGUUCGAGGGUUCGAAGGUUCACCAGAGAGAGAGGUUCGCACACUCCUCGGCCGUCUUGCCAUGGCGAACGCGCGGUGACGCUUCCGAAUCACAACGAGCCGCAGAGCGGGGAUUCGUUCUUUCACGCGCAAACAAAAUCUCAGCCGGCCGCUUUGGACCGUGUUUUGGCGUGAGCGCCAAGUGGAACCGACAUUUCAUCGAAAUGGAGCCAAUGGGACAGAAUCAGCCGCCGAACGUCUUGAACAACAUUGCCGACGGCUCCGACACCAAGGGCAGCUGCCUACUACUUCGUUAUGCUAGUCAAAAUUCUUUAGACGAGAGCUCGCAGAAGCAUGUGCCCCGCGAGAAUGGUAAGGACAAACCACCCUAUAGGAAUCAUCAUCACACAAAUCGAGCCUUUGAUGUCAUCAACGAGAUGAGAAAAAAAAAUCUACUGUGCGACGUUAUUCUGGUGACAGACAGUGGCUUGGAAGUGCCAGCUCACAAAAUGGUCUUGGCUGCAUGCAGCCCCUAUUUCUACGCAAUGUUCACGAGUUUUGAGGAACGCGAUCAGGAGAGAAUAACGCUGCAGGGCGUGGACUAUUCCGCAUUGGAAUUACUAGUGGAUUACGUCUACACGGCCGAAGUCCACGUCACGGAGGACAAUGUACAAGUGCUUCUUCCUGCCGCGAAUUUACUGCAACUAACAGACGUCCGCGACGCUUGUUGCGAUUUUCUACAAGCUCAGUUGCAUCCGUCCAAUUGUCUCGGCAUCAGAGCGUUCGCAGAUCUGCACGGAUGUCUCGAGUUGUUGGCGCACGCGGACAGCUACAUUGAGCAACAUUUUUCAGAAGUGGUCGACGCGGAGGAAUUUUUAACACUGGCGCCUCAGCAGGUGGCUAAGCUCAUUUGUAGCGAUCGCCUAAUGGUACCUACCGAGGAGAAAGUAUUCGAAUGCGUUAUCUCAUGGGUACAUCACGAUCUCGAAAAGAGGCAAAAUGACUUGGCUCUGUUAAUGGAGCACGUACGUUUACCUUUGCUUUCUCAAGAAUACCUAGUGCAACGUGUGGAGGAAGAACCACUUCUCAAAGCUAAUUUACAAUGCAAAGACUUUUUGAUCGAAGCCUUAAAGUAUCAUUUAUUGAAGGGUGAGCAGAAAUCUCUAUUUAAAACCCCACGUACAAAGCCGAGACAACCGAGAGGAUUGCCUAAAGUGUUGCUUGUUGUCGGUGGUCAAGCCCCGAAGGCAAUUAGAAGCGUCGAAUGUUACGAUUUCAAAGAGGAAAAAUGGUAUCAAGUUUCCGAGUUACCAACGCGACGUUGCAGAGCUGGACUCUGCGUUCUCGGCGGACGCGUGUAUGCUGUUGGUGGAUUUAACGGAUCAUUAAGAGUAAGAACGGUCGAUAUCUAUGACGCAGCGGCGGACCAGUGGUCACCCUGUCCGGAGAUGGAAGCAAGGAGGUCUACUCUUGGUGUGGCGGUGCUUGGGAAUUUAGUUUAUGCUGUCGGCGGCUUCGAUGGUUCUACAGGAUUAAAUUCGGCCGAAGUAUACGAUCCACGGACUCGCGAAUGGAGACCUAUAGCGCGAAUGUCAACGCGACGUAGCAGCGUAGGAGUCGGUGUUGUCAAGGGAUUGCUCUAUGCCGUUGGCGGUUACGAUGGAGAAUCCCGUCAGUGUCUCUCCAGUGUCGAGUGUUAUAAUCCCGAGAAGGAUAAAUGGAAACCCGUGCCUGAGAUGUCCGCGCGUCGUAGCGGCGCGGGCGUUGGCGUAUUGGAUGGAAUUCUAUACGCGGUAGGAGGCCACGACGGUCCGCUAGUUCGAAAAAGCGUGGAAGCAUUUAAUCCGGACACGAAUCAGUGGUCACCCGUCAGCGAUAUGGCGCUUUGUCGUCGAAACGCCGGUGUGGUAGCGUUAAAUGGACUUUUGUACGUGGUGGGCGGAGACGACGGUUCGUCCAGCUUGGCAUCGGUGGAAGUGUAUUCGCCCAGAACAGACACCUGGACAACUUUGCCGACCUGCAUGGGGGUCGGGCGCAGUUACGCGGGCGUAGCGAUCAUUGACAAACCGAUGGCCCCCGCGACGACGAUGUGAGGUCUACAGUCCGCUGGGCACGCGACGGAACAGAACA